UCUAUAUAUAUAACAUCUUCACCGACGCAACUAUCCUCAGUCCCGCACACCCAGAGUCACGCCACACGAGGCUCCAGCUCCAAUGGGAUCAGCGCUUUCCUGCAUCUUCCACGCUAGCAGCGUCUCCGGCGGUGCGCAGCAGCCAGCACGGUCAGCUGCUCCGCCGGCCAGGGUCAUCGCCGCCGACGGCUCGCUGAAGGAGGUCCCCAUAUCGGACCCGCCGCUCGCCUCUGCAUCCGACGUCCUCGGCAGCGCCGACGCCGCCUCCGCGUCGUCGUCUUUCUUCGUGUGCAACUCCGAUGCGCUCUACUUCGGCGAGCCGCCCCCGGCGCUGGGCGCAGCCGAGCGGCUCCGCCCGGGGCAGAUGUACUUCGUGCUCCCGGCCGCGAUGCUCGGGCGCGCCCUGUCGAGCGCCGACAUGGCCGCGCUGGCGGCGCGCGCGAUCGCCGCGCUCCCGCCCGAGAAGCCGCGGCGCCGGCGGGGGCGGGGGCGCGUCGUGCCGGUCUUGUCGCGGGAGGAUGGCAAGGACGGCGAGGAAGCGGGUGUGUUCCACGAGGCUCUGAACGAGCAGACACUCGGGGGGUUCGCCGCGGUCACGAGCCGGGCGAGGAGCGGCGACAGGGUGGUGGCGGUGGCGGCCACGAGACAGACGAGGCCGUCGGCGCUGAAGAGGGCGCUGAGCAUGAUUCGAGAGGAAGCUGAGUGAGGGCGUGAGGCGAUGGCUGACACGGAACUGUAGAAGAAGCAGGGGUCAGACGGUCAGUUCGGCAAGCCUCUCGUUUCGUCUCUCGCCAUUUUUGGCAGUAGAAGCAUAGACGAGUGUGUUCACACUAACUUCUUGUACGACUGUAAAAUAGUUCCUGUUUGCACAUACCUGCAAAAGUGAUAAACAAGUGGAAUACCCGUUAUUCGCAG